GAUCUAGAUUCCUCAUCACGUCCACGGGAGCCUUGUACAUUAAAGACGUACAGAAUGAGGACGGGUUGUAUAACUACCGCUGUGUCACGCGGCACCGGUACACGGGGGAGACCAGGCAGAGCAACAGUGCCAGACUUUUUGUGUCAGACCCAGCGAACUCAGCCCCAUCCAUACUGGAUGGGUUUGAUCAUCGCAAAGCCAUGGCGGGGCAGCGUGUGGAGCUGCCUUGCAAAGCGCUUGGGCACCCUGAGCCAGAUUACCGCUGGCUGAAGGACAACAUGCCUCUGGAACUUUCAGGAAGGUUCCAGAAGACCGUGACGGGGCUACUCAUUGAGAACACUCGCCCCUCAGACUCAGGCAGCUAUGUAUGCGAAGUGUCCAACAGAUAUGGAACUGCCAAGGUGAUAGGCCGCCUGUACGUGAAACAGCCACUGAAAGCCACCAUCAGUCCCAGGAAGGUUAAAAGCAGCGUGGGUAGCCAGGUUUCCUUGUCCUGCAGCGUGACAGGAACUGAGGACCAGGAACUCUCCUGGUACCGAAAUGGUGAAAUACUCAACCCUGGAAAAAAUGUGAGGAUCACAGGGAUCAACCAUGAAAACCUUAUAAUGGAUCACAUGGUCAGAAGUGACGGGGGCGCGUACCAGUGCUUUGUGCGGAAGGACAAGCUGUCCGCUCAAGACUAUGUACAGGUGGUCCUCGAAGAUGGAACUCCCAAAAUCAUUUCUGCCUUUAGUGAAAAAGUGGUGAGCCCGGCAGAACCGGUUUCCCUUAUGUGCAACGUGAAGGGAACCCCCUUGCCCACGAUCACGUGGACCCUGGACGACGACCCAAUUCUCAAGGGCGGCAGUCACCGCAUCAGCCAGAUGAUCACGUCGGAGGGGAACGUGGUCAGCUACCUGAACAUCUCCAGCUCUCAGGUCCGGGACGGUGGCGUCUACCGCUGCACUGCCAACAACUCGGCGGGAGUCGUCCUGUACCAGGCUCGAAUAAACGUAAGAGGGCCUGCCAGCAUUCGACCAAUGAAAAAUAUCACAGCAAUAGCGGGGCGGGACACAUACAUUCACUGUCGUGUGAUUGGCUACCCGUAUUACUCCAUCAAAUGGUACAAGAACUCUAAUCUGCUUCCUUUUAACCACCGGCAAGUGGCAUUUGAGAACAAUGGAACUCUGAAACUCUCGGACGUGCAAAAGGAAGUGGACGAGGGAGAGUACACGUGCAACGUGUUGGUCCAACCACAACUCUCCACCAGCCAGAGCGUCCACGUGACAGUGAAAGUUCCACCUUUUAUCCAACCUUUCGAGUUCCCAAGAUUCUCCAUUGGGCAGCGGGUCUUCAUCCCAUGUGUUGUGGUCUCAGGGGACUUACCCAUCACAAUCACCUGGCAGAAGGAUGGGCGGCCCAUCCCAGCAAGCCUCGGGGUGACCAUUGACAACAUUGAUUUCACAAGCUCUUUAAGGAUUUCCAAUCUCUCCCUGAUGCACAAUGGGAAUUACACCUGCAUAGCACGGAAUGAGGCAGCAGCCGUGGAACACCAAAGCCAGCUAAUUGUGAGGGUUCCUCCCAAGUUUGUGGUUCAGCCACGGGACCAGGACGGGAUUUACGGCAAGGCUGUCAUCCUCAACUGCUCUGCUGAGGGUUAUCCUGUACCCACCAUUGUGUGGAAAUUCUCUAAAGGUGCUGGGGUUCCCCAGUUCCAGCCAAUUGCCCUGAAUGGCCGAAUCCAGGUUCUCAGCAAUGGGUCGUUGUUGAUCAAGCACGUUGUGGAAGAAGACAGCGGCUACUAUCUCUGCAAGGUCAGCAACGAUGUGGGCGCAGACGUCAGCAAGUCCAUGUACCUCACGGUUAAAAGUAAGGAAGAAGAAUGCUUCAUUUUACCUACUUAGGUCUUUGUUGGCUUAG